AUGGCAUUGACAUCAUUUGGCUCUUUUGGUCCUCGAGUUGGAUCUUUGACAACACGUGAUCCUUAUUAUUGGGGGGACACAUUUUAUGACGAUGCCUUCUCUCAUUUGCGUCGUGAUGUUGACAGGAUUCUAAACGAUUUUCGAACUGACACUUUUAAUACUGGGAGAUGGAGUCCUACAACUUAUCGAUCGGAUCUUACUUUUCAACCUCGCGUUGAUGUUCCGAAAGAAAAUAUAAACCUCGAUAUUCGUGGUGACAAUCUUAUAAUUAGUGGUGAAUCUUCAUCAGACGAUUCUUGUGAUAGUGCUACAGGAUACCGAUCUAUCGCUUUGCCAUUUAAUGUUAACACGGAAAAAGCUGAAGCUAGAUAUGACCGAGGUGUUCUAGAAAUUAAGCUUCCGUACGAAGAUAAUGUUAGCCGUCGUCGCAUCAACAUAACUUAA